AUGGCGUGCCCAUUUGCAAAGCACAUUUCGAGCGAACAGUUCCAGCGCCAACCAUCAAUUGCCGAAGCGCACAACUGGAACCUGGAUGAGGACCUCAGCGAAAUACCAGGCGAUGCGCUUACGCUCACCCAUCUGAACGCAGCAAUACAGCUGCUGACGGCACCAUCGAUUGACAAUGUGCACGAGGCGCUGCUUUCCCUGAUCGGUAAAUACAGCAACAGGUGGCCGGGUCUGUCAAAACUGAAAAGUGAACGUUCGGAGCUGUCUAUCUACCCGCACUACGAUUACCUCGCCGAUAUACAGGAUAAUCUGGCGCAGAUUGAUGAGUCGGCCGUGUCGGAGAUUCUGGUGCACCUCGGCGAGGAGUUGAUCCAGACGGCGUGCGUCGGCGUGAUCGAGCGUGCGUUCAAAUGCCUCGGUUCGGAUCUGCAAGAGUUUCUCGGCUCGCUGGACGGUGUGUACGAUGUGCUGAAGCUGCAGGAGGAGGACAUCUCGGACACUGGGUUCGUGUGUGCCGGCGAGGGCGAGCUCAUCUUCACCUCCGAGCGUCCGGUGCUGGCCUGGCUGCUGCUCGGCUGCCUGCAAGCACUCAGCCGGCUGCUGUUUAACUGCGAGCCGGAGAUUGAGCUGGAACCGCUGCCGGGUGAUACGCCGCGCUAUCGCUACCUGCUGCGCGUGGACGAACCAGCGGAGGAGACGCUGGAGCGUCGCGGCCCGGCCGAUAUCGUUUCCGGGGACGCCCGCGACCUAAAGGUGAGCAAUCAAUUUUUCUGCGACGCCUUCCCGUGGCACUUCAUCAUGGACGAGCAGUUGCGGCUGGUGCAGAUGGGGUCGGCUUUCAGCCGACUGUUCAAGGGCCAUGUGGGUGCCGGUACGGCGGGGCUCUGUGCCAGUACCGUGUUUCGCUUCAAGCGUCCGCGCGGUCUGCAGCUGCACUUUCGCGAAAUCGUGCGCCGCACCAACACGCCUUUCAUGAUUUCGCUGCGGGCACCACCGGGACGUCCGGACUUUUUCGCCAAGGGGCUCGAGAUAAAGGGCCAGAUGGUGUUCUGUCCGGAGUCGAAUGCGCUGCUGUUUGUCGGGUCACCGUUCCUCGAUGGGCUGGAGGGUCUCACCUGCAACGGGCUGUUCAUCUCGGACAUACCGCUGCACGAUGCGACGCGCGAGGUAAUACUGGUCGGGGAGCAGGCCCGUGCACAGGAUGGGCUGCGGCGCCGCAUGGACAAGCUGAAGAGCUCGAUCGAGGAGGCAAACGCAGCCGUCAUCAAGGAGCGCAAGAAGAACGUGAGCUUGCUGCAGCUCAUCUUUCCGGCGGAGAUUGCGGAACGGUUGUGGCUCGGUGCGCAGAUCGAUGCCAAGACGUACCCGGAGGUUACGAUGCUUUUCAGCGACAUCGUCGGAUUCACCAGCAUCUGCUCGCGGGCGACCCCGUUCAUGGUCAUCAACAUGCUGGAGAAUCUGUACAAACACUUUGACGAGCUGUGCGGAUUCUUCGACGUGUACAAGGUGGAGACGAUUGGCGAUGCGUACUGUGUGGCGAGCGGGUUGCAUCGGGCCAGCAUCUACGACGCGCACAAGGUCGCCUGGAUGGCGCUGCGGAUGAUCGAAACCUGCACGCUCUACAACACGCACGACGGUCAACACAUUAAGAUGCGCAUAGGUAUUCACACCGGUACGGUGCUGGCUGGGGUGGUUGGGCGCAAGAUGCCACGGUACUGUCUGUUCGGCCACAAUGUAACGAUUGCGAACAAGUUCGAGUCGGGCAGCGAGGCGUGCAAGAUCAACAUCAGCCCGACAACGCGCGAAUGGUUGGUCAAACAUCCGGACUUUGGCUUUCAGCUAAAUGCACGGGAUGCGUCCUGCAUGCCGAAAGAGUUUACCGACUCGAAGGGUUUGACGUGCUACUUCCUCGAGGGCUACAAGCAUCCGACGCUCAGCAACGAUCGUCCGCUGCAGGAACAUAUCGAGGAAGCGAUGCGACAGACGCUACAGGAUACGACCGAAACCAUCACGCUCGAGGUCGGCCAGUAG